AUGGACUCCAUGAGAUCCCUCAACACAUCCUUGCCGAGCUCGACACCCCGCCCGCAACCCCCGGAGCAACUCCUCCAGCAAUUCAAAGCGGCGGCUCUGUCCGUCACAAACCUGUAUAAGAAUGCAGUAUGUGAACAAGCUCAGGCAAGGUCGGCAGGGUAUCAGGAGGCGAUAGAGGAUCUGCUUCACUUCCUUGAUCGUGAGAACCUUGGUCUCGGAGACGGAGAGGGGUGGAGGGUUCGAGAAUGGGCAACUGAGAAGUGUGACGGCACUGGGGCUCAAAGUAGCGAUGAAGAUGCAGAGCUUGACAAGCGUGACAGAAGUGCCACGCCAGCUACCGCCCGCAAGGAAAGACCUACGCUCGAAACCACUGCUCGUCAGGCCCCCACUUCGGCGCCCGCGCCACUACCUACACCCAAGCCGGAGUCGGUCACACCUCCUGCACAACCUCUCGAAGCACCUUCUUUUGCUACACCCACGGUUUUCACAUUCUCUGCUGGCCCUACAUACCCUCAGUGUCAAGAACUCGACAUGGACGUGCAGUCAUCAGAUAAUUCAUCUGCGACCAUGCAGGAUGGCGCUCCUGUGAGUGUUUCUGUUAUGCCUCGCAAUGCUCGUCCACACCACCGUCACACCAACCAUCCACGGCAGAAUGCGCGCCCAUCGCCAAGAGAGUCUCCCGCCAGUCUUGGGUCAAAGAGGAAAUUCACUUUCCCAGACUUCUUCGACUUAUCCGGACUCAAUAAUGGACGAGAUAUGGGAGGAGGUGGGAAACGAGGCCGUUUUACCUAG